AUGUCUUCGCCAUCGUGGUUUUGGUGGAGUGUUGUAGGAGGUGGAAUUUCUGCUGUAGCCCUUUGUAUUCUCAAAAGAUGUACUCGAACGGCCAUUAAAUGUACCAGCUUACGUUUGAUGUCAGGUAAAACGGUCCUAAUAACGGGGGCAAACUGUGGACUCGGGAAAGCGACAGCAUUGGAGCUAGCUAAACGUGACGCGAGAGUAAUUAUGGCUUGUCGAGAUUUGGUGAAAGCGAAACAGGCUAUGGAUGACAUACGCCAAGUGACAACGAUGGGAGAACUGCAUAUUGCCAAACUCGAUCUUUCAUCUAUGUCGUCUGUUAAACAGUUUUGUGAGAAUAUCAACGCUCAGGAGAGCAGACUGGACGUGUUGAUAAAUAACGCGGCUGUUAUGGCACAUCCUUUCGCUAUAACUGAAGAUGGUUUAGAGAUAAACAUGGCUGUCAAUCACUUCGGAAAUUUUCUGUUGACAAACCUUCUGUUGGACCUAUUGAAAAAAUCAAGUCCGAGUCGAAUUGUCUUUGUAUCAUCUAGUCUUCACAAAUUUGGAAAGCUUAAUUUGAAAGACUUGAACACCAAGCAUAAAAACCCCUAUGCUGACAGUAAAUUAGCCAAUAUAUAUUUUGCAAGGGAACUGCAUUCAAGGCUUAAAGGUACUGGGGUAGCUGUUCAUACCCUUUCCCCAGGAAUGGUCAACACAGAACUUGGGAGACAUAGAAUAUCCAAUGUGCUUCGAUUCUGCCUUCAGCCACUCUUCUGGUUAAUGGUAAAGUCACCGGAAGAAGGAUGUCAAACCAUUGUUCAUUGUGCAAUUUCAGAAAACCUUGAUAAUGUUUCUGGUGGCUAUUAUGCUAAUUGCAAAGAAAGCCAAUGGAGUGAAAUUUCUCAAGAAAAUUUACCACAAUUGUAUGAAAUAAGUGAAAGAUUGACAGGUCUUUAAGGGGAUCAGUUUGUGUGGUUAUGAAAUUGUAUAAGCAUAAACAAUCACAGAAUAACAUUUUGGAGAUCAGCUUACCUCAUUUAGUGGAACAUGUUAGUGAAAUUAUGUGUGAACCUGCAAAAUAUUUGGAGAAUUUUGCCUAUUUAAAUCUACUGUUUCAAAAACUUUCUGUGUUAUCGACAAUGUCUAAUGAAGUAUUUAUUUUUAAGAAAUAAUAAAUUAAAAUUCAUA